AGCAAAGGAGAAAACUUGGAUUCGAUCGAUCGCCAAAAAUGGCGUCUCACUCUUUAACUCUCUUCACUUCUCCUUCUUCCUUCAAUCUCUUCUCCUCUCCUCGUCUUAAUCCUUCUCCGAGUUACUUCACUCUCCACUUUCCUGGUCCCGUAAAGAGACCACAUUUCGAUUUACGAUGUUCAGUCUCAAUCGAGAAAGAAGUUCCCGAAACGGAAAGACCUUUCACUUUCCUAAGAGACUCCGAUGGUGAUGAUACUCAAUCUUCUUCUUCUUCUUCGGUUAGGGCUCGUUUCGAGACAAUGAUAAGAGCUGCUCAGGAUAAAGUCUGUGAAGCCAUUGAAGCAGUUGAAGGAGGUUCUAAAUUCAAGGAAGAUGUUUGGUCUCGACCCGGUGGAGGCGGCGGGAUCAGUCGUGUGUUGCAAGAUGGAAAUGUCUGGGAGAAAGCUGGAGUUAAUGUCUCUGUAGUUUAUGGUGUCAUGCCUCCUGAAGCUUAUAGAGCUGCUAAAGCUGCCACGGCUGAGCAAAAACCUGGUCCGAUUCCGUUCUUUGCAGCCGGAAUCAGCUCGGUUUUGCAUCCUAAGAACCCUUUUGCUCCGACUCUGCAUUUCAAUUACCGCUAUUUCGAAACCGAUGCUCCAAAGGAUGUUCCUGGAGCUCCGAGGCAAUGGUGGUUCGGUGGUGGGACUGAUUUCACACCUGCUUACAUCUUCGAAGAGGACGUCAAGCAUUUUCAUUCGGUUCAAAAACAAGCCUGUGAUAAAUUUGAUCCGUCCUUCUACCCUCGGUUCAAGAAAUGGUGUGAUGACUACUUUUACAUUAAGCACCGUGACGAGAGGCGAGGGCUUGGAGGGAUAUUUUUUGAUGAUUUGAAUGACUAUGAGCAGGAGAUGCUUCUGUCAUUUGCCACUGAAUGUGCAAGCUCAGUGAUACCAGCUUAUAUACCCAUAGUAGAAAAACGUAAGGACACACCAUUUAACGAGCAACACAAGGCAUGGCAACAAUUGCGAAGGGGGCGAUAUGUUGAAUUCAACUUGGUGUAUGACCGCGGAACAACAUUUGGUCUGAAGACAGGAGGACGGAUAGAGAGUAUUCUUGUCUCCCUUCCGUUAUCCGCAAGAUGGGAAUAUGACCAUAAACCGGAAGAAGGUACUGAGGAAUGGAAACUAUUAGAUGCUUGUAUCAAUCCAAAAGAGUGGCUUUAGCUAAUUAAUUGUGGUUAUUCCC